AUGGCGCAAAUAAACAAAAUACCGCUCACCAAAAUGGUGACACAACACAGGUUCCUACAAGUGAAUCUAAACAGAUCAGCCAUGGCCAUGGCACUUAUGAGAAAGACCAUAGAGGAAAAAAAUAUAGAUCUGGUGCUAGCCCAAGAGCCAAAUAUAAAGGCACUGGGAACAAGUGAUAUAUACUGUGAUACUAAACAAGAUGCUGUGAUAAUAGUCUGUGAUAUUUUCAAAUCGAAUGUGAGUGAAUGUGGAAAAGGGCCAGGCUAUGUGUGGGUCCGAAUAGAAGAUACUCUGUAUUAUUCGUGCUAUUUUUCUCCCAACAAGAGCAAUCAACAAUUUUUGUGCUUUCUAGACAAGUUACAGAGAGAUAUAAAAGGAAAAAAAAAUACAAACAAAAUGAUAAUUUCGGGGGAUCUAAAUGCUAAAUCUAAAACAUGGGGAGCUAAAUACACAGACAGUAGGGGGAAGAUACUAGAAGAAUUUAUAGCCGAGGCAGGGCUUUGGAUAAUAAAUGUUGGCAAUAGACCAACAUUCCAAACUGAAAGAGGAUCGUCGGUCAUCGAUAUUACACUAGCCACAGAAAUGGUCGCGAAAGAAAUCUCGAACUGGUAUGUAGAUACAGACAGCGAGAACUUAAGUAACCACAAUAACAUCUUCUAUACAAGGAAUAAACAGACAAAAAGAAUCCAAGAACCGGAAAAAACUAAUAGUUGGAUACUAAAUACAGCAGGGUUAGAAAAAAUAAAAAAACAAAUAGCCGAAUACUGGGAUUUUCCAAUAAAUGCUGACUUAAACGAGAAAGUGAAAUAUUUAAGAGAGACUAUAAAAGAAGUGUGCAAUAAUUCCCUGAGUAAGACAAACAAAAGCAAAAGAAGGCCACCAGUUUACUGGUGGAAUGCAGAAAUUGCGGAGCUAAGAAGAACCACCAUAAAAAGAGACGAGAAAUGA